CCCACGGCAGCACCGACGGCUGCGCCUACGGCGUCACCUACGGCCGCGCCAACUGCAGCUCCUACAGCUGCGCCAACAGCAGCCCCCACGGCCUCACCGACAGCUGCUCCUACGGCUGCCCCUACGGCCGCGCCCACAGCUUCACCGACGGCCGCGCCAACGGCUGCUCCGACGGCAGCGCCCACGGCAGCACCCACGGCAGCACCGACGGCUUCGCCUACGACCUCACCGACGGCCGCACCGACUGCAGCCCCCACGGCAGCGCCAACAGCAGCGCCCACGGCUUCGCCGACAGCGUCUCCUACAGCUGCCCCUACGGCUGCGCCCACAGCUGCACCAACUGCCGCACCGACUGCUGCUCCUACAGCAGCACCCACGAACGCUCCGACGGCAGCACCGACGCCUUCGCCUACAACGUCACCGACAUCUGCACCAACAGCAGCUCCGACGGCAGCGCCCACAGCAGCGCCCACUCCUGCGCCUACGGCCGAUUGUGUGGGAAACCCGAGCACUUUCAAUAUUGGGCAUGGCGGCUGUCCCACGUAUGCUGUCGGAGAACGGAACCAUGACUAUUGCUCCACCGAUGCAGAUGAUGAUGGGCUUUUUGCCGAACAGGUGUGCAGCGAAUGUGGCAGAUGUGCAUAUGUGCCAACACCAGCACCUACAGCAGCGCCCACUCCGGCGCCCACGGCAUUUCCUACGUCGUCACCAACGGCCGCACCGACUGCAGCCCCUACGGCAGCGCCAACAGCAGCGCCGACGGCUUCGCCAACACCUGCUCCCACAGCUGCGCCUACGGCCUCGCCCACAGCUUCACCGACAGCUGCACCAACGGCUGCUCCGACGGCAGCGCCCACAGCAGCACCCACGCCGUCACCGACGGCCUCACCGACACCUGCGCCCACAGCUUCACCAACAGCUGCACCAACGGCUGCUCCGACGGCAUCGCCCACGGCAUCGCCUACAGCAGCGCCGACGGCUUCGCCUACGCCGUCACCGACGGCCUCACCGACACCUGCUCCCACAGCUUCACCAACAGCUGCACCAACGGCUGCUCCGACGGCAUCGCCCACGGCAUCGCCUACAGCAGCGCCGACGGCUUCGCCUACGCCGUCACCGACGGCCUCACCGACGCCUGCCCCCACUGCUGCGCCUACGGCCUCGCCCACAGCUUCACCGACAGCUGCACCAACGGCUGCUCCGACGGCAUCGCCCACGGCAUCGCCUACAGCAGCGCCUACGCCCGCCCCUACACCUGCCCCGACUAAUGCCCCCACGCCGGCGCCCACGCCGUACCCCGAUUGUGUAGGAAAUCCGAGCACGUUCGACGCGGGCUCUGGCGGCUGCCCCACGUACGCGCCCGGUGCCGCGAAUUAUGACUCUUGUGGGGAAGAUGCGGACCAAGGAUUCCUGGCAGCAGCGGUGUGCAGCGAGUGUGGCGCGUGCGCCUACGUGCCAACACCGGCGCCCACCCCGGCUCCGACACCGGCGCCCACGCCCGCACCUACCGUGAGGGUGUCUGCCACUGGGGACCCGCACCUGGUCAACAUUCACGGCCAGCGAUUCGACAUCUAUCGGGGAGGCAUUCACACGCUCAUUCAGGUCCCCAGGGUGGUGCGCCCGACGGAGAGCGUGAUGGUCCGCGUCACUGCGGACGCCAGGCAGAUGGGCGGGGCGUGCGGUGACAUAUACUUCCAGGAACUGAACAUCUCCGGCAGCUGGGUUGACCGCGGCCCCC